GUACCUCAAACUACUGCUCACGACAAUAUCGUUCAAGUAUCACGACCGAUGAACAUUGCUAUGAGCGCCAUACAACCGAAUAUCAACUACAGACAAUCAAGACGCUCUGCCUGCGACAGAUGUCGUGGGUUCAAGCUACGCUGUGAGCGUUAUCAAGUAAAUGGCAGAUCAUGCGAGAGGUGUCUCAAAGCCCAGGUGACGUGUACUACAACUGUUGGACAGCCAGUUCAACAAUUCCAUUCACCAAAGAAGGAUAUAUAUUCUUUCUCUCGAAGUCGAGUUGAGAUAUCCGGAGACAGAGGUGGUCCUACUGCAUCUCAAGUUCUUCAUCGAUCAUCCGGUUCGAGAGUGAGAAAAGCAACCGCAUCCUCGGGGGUCUGCCGCAGAAUAGAACAGCAGAAGCUUAAUGCGUCGAUUGACCCGAACAUCUUUCCGUUCCUAGAAAAUGACGCAGCUUCUAAUUUCUCGGACACGAAGGAGCCCCAAAUGCAUUCGGUGUCUCAUCAACUAUUGUCCUUCAAUCAGUGGAGUCAGGACUACCUGCCCUGGAAUGACAUUUCUCCGUAUCCUCCAUCCAUGUACCACGAUAUGCAUGUGACUGAAAACAACUUGAAUUCCGAGAAUCCGGGGUUUGGGCCAGACAUUUUGGACAUACCACAGCAUCUUCCGACCGAUUCUGGCUUCGAUUCAACAAAUCCAAUAAAAAAUGACACUUUCAAUUCACCAAUCUAUAUUCAUCCAAGCAUCUCAGGAAGCCGCUGGGGUAGCGAGCCAUCUUCUGCGCAAUACGAGUAUCCAUUUCCUACGACAAACCAUUACGCACAAUACUCAUAUGACCAACUCAGAAAUAUUAUGCAACUAAACGUUGAGCUUAUCUCUGAUCUCGAGCUUCUAGACGCAGCAUCAAACAAUUUGAGCUCUUCACUUGUCAUGAGUGAGAAUUCCGAUCAAGGCGCUUCAAAGAUCGAUUUACCUAUUUUUCGAAUAUUGAAUCAUUCGUCUAAAUUCUUGGACAUCGUUCAACCAGGGGCCAUGUUUCCCAUCAAUGACGUGUGGAAUCUGUCUCCUAUAACACCCACAGAACAUGAUACGAGCCCCCGUGAAGAUUCUUGUUCGGUACCGAAUGAAGGAGUCAAUGGUUGGCUUGAUUUUGAUGAUAUACCUAGCUUCAUGACAUCGCAUGAACCCGGAUAUACAGAAAUAAGACCCGCGCUGUCAAAUGUUUUCGGAGACACAAGCUCUCCCGGCUAUCAGCUAUCGGAGUCUUUGACUAUAUUAUCAGCCUAUUUUCAGCUCAUCCACAUUUAUCAUUCUCUUUUCACCCAAAUAUACCAGACCCUUCUGAUGAUCCCGCCAGAUGACGCAGCCAAGGUUCUUGCACUCCCGACAUUGCAGUUUGGAGGAUUUGAAAUGGAGGGCCAUUUCAAGGCCAAACUGCAGGUAUUAGUUGAGCUCAGCUUCGGAAUCUUGAGGAAACUUGAUCACUCUUUUGGCAUCCCGGAGUAUUUACCUGGCGAAUUCAUUGAAGAAGGCAGCUCUGCUCCGUAUAUUUCAUACCAUAGCCCACUAGAACCUCUUAGAAACCAUGUUGUGGCUAGGGAGUAUAUGGAAGCUGUUCUGCCUCUCAGGAAAGUAAUGCAUUGCUUGCAAGCAUUUUCAAAUACCAUAGCCGACGUUACCGUUUAA